AUGCCCAGGAACAUUUCAGUAGCCGAGGUCCGCAAGCAUAGCAGCGUAGAGAGCUGCUGGAUCGUCGUCGAUGGGCAGGUCUACGACAUGACCAGUUUUGCGCCCUCUCAUCCCGGCGGCGCCCAAAUCAUCUAUCGCCAUGGCGGGAAGGAUGCUUCCGACCAAUACAAUGCCGUCCACGCCCCGUCGCUCAUCUCCAAGACGUUGGACGCCAAGCACCAAGUCGGCACGCUCGACGCGCAGUCUGCGCCCGCGGACUGGAACCCAGCCGGCGCAGCAACUCCGGAGCCGUCCGCCGGCAAGCCGCCCCUGGCGCGCAUCAUCAACCUGCACGACUUCGAGGCCGCGGCGCGGCGCUCGCUCAGCACGCCGUCGUGGGCGUACAUCCACAGCGCGGCCAACGACUGCAUCACGCGCGACGCCAACGCCGCGAUGCUGCGCCGCAUCUGGCUGCGGCCGGCGGUGAUGCGCGACGUCGGCCGCGUGCGCACCCGCACCGCGCUCUUUGGCUGCGACCUCGCCAUCCCCGUGUACGUGUCGGCCGUGGGCACCGUGCGCGCCGCGGCACCCGACGGCGAACUGGCGCUGGCGCGCGGCGCCGCUGCCGCCGGCAUCGUCCACUGCAUCUCCACGGCCGCGUCGUACCCGCUCGACGAGAUCCUGCACGCCACCCCGGCGCGGGCGUGGUUCCAGCUGUACGUGAACAAGGACCGGCGCGCGACGGAGCGGCUGCUGCGCCUCGUGCAGGACUCGGGCAAGGUUGCGGCGGUCAUGGUCACCGUCGACCUGCCCGUCAUCUCCAAGCGGGAAGAGGACGAGCGCGCGCAGGCCGCCGACAGGCCUGCGGCGGACGGCAAGAGCGCGGGCAUGGCGGCGCAGACGGCCUCGUUUAUCGACCCCCGUCUGACGUGGAGCGAUAUCCCGUGGAUUAGGAAGGGCACGACGCUGCCGCUGCUCGUCAAGGGCAUCCAGCGGUGGGAGGAUGCGCAGAUGGCGAUGCGCUACGGCUGCGACGGCAUCGUGGUGAGCAACCACGGGGGCCGCGCGGCGGACACGGCGCAGCCGGCCAUCAUCACGCUGCUCGAGCUGCACAAGAACUGUCCCGAGGUGUUUGACAAGCUCGUCGUACUUGUCGAUGGGGGAUUCCGACGCGGUUCUGACGUUGUCAAGGCCGUGUGUCUCGGGGCGUCGGCCGUGGGGCUGGGCCGGUCCUUUAUGUACGCCGUCCAUUACGGGGAGGAGGGUGUUGUGCAUGCGGCCAACGUGCUGCGGGAGGAGAUUGAGGUGGCCAUGAGGCUCUGCGGGAUGAGCGACUUGAUGGCGGAUGCCAGUCCGCGGUAUCUGAAUACCAAGCUGGUCGAUGGGCUGGUGGCGGAUCGGGAGCAUGCGUACUUGAGGGAGCCGAAGAAGCGAAUAUCCAAGAUACCCGUAAAUGAGGCCACACUAAUUCUUCAAGUACAGAGUACAAUGACUAGUUAUCAGUACGAGGCCCAUCCCAUUGAUGCGUUGGCAAUGGUUCUAGUUGGUCCACAGUUGAUCAAGCCAGACCCCACGCCUUGA